AUGUCAAGUUUUGCCGAAUUGCAGGCGCUGGCCGCCGAGCGAUCUAGGAUUGCCGAAGAAAGAAAGAUGGUCGAACGGGUAAAACGUCAGCAAGAAGAAAAGGAGAAAAAAGCAGCAGCUGAGGCAAUGGAAAGGGAAAGAGCAAAAAGACAACGAGAAGCAUUGAUUGAUCAAGAUAAAAGAAGAAGAGAGCAAAUUGAAGCAAAACGGCGAGAAGCAGAAAUGAAAGAAGAACGAACGAAAAGAUUAGAACAGGAGCGAAAAGAGGCUUUACUGAAGAAGAAUCAACAAGGUACGGAUAUGAGAAAGUUUGCUCGUGCCAGUGAUAAAGCAAUUCGUCGUGCAAGCGGAGGAAGGAGCAGUAUGAAUGGUCAAAGUCGUAAACGCGAUACUGUACAGGAAGAUGAAGAUGGCUUCUUGCAUGGCAGCAGCGGAAGCACAUUAACCAGAGAAGAGAAACGACAAAAAAGACAAAUGGCACUGUUGGGUCUGGGUCCUAGCACAAUAAAGAAAAAGAUGUCAAAACCUCAAAACAAAGCUGCACAUAACUUUAAUGGAGGUGAAUUUAUCGCAUUAGGAACGGUCAAAAGAGAUCGACGUACGAUUGAUGAGAUUGAACGAGAUUUGGACGCUCGAAAGGGUAAAGUAACACCAUCAUCAUCGGGACAAGCUGCACAAACGCUGCCUGUAUUACCACAUGUGCAGGAAAAGCAAAAGCUGAAAAUUUUGGAGCAACAAAGAAAGAAUGCGAUGGGACUUUCACCAGCUGAUUAUUUACCGGGAGCACCAGUACGAGCUGAUUUAGUGGCAAAAGCAAAGGCGAAGGAGACAAGAAUAAAGCCGAAGCCAGAAGGUAGCGCAAAAAAGAGAGAAAAAGUCGAAGAGCCCCCUGCGAUCAAGCGAAGAGAGACUGCUAGAGAUCGAUUCUUACGCGAAGAAGAGGAGCGCAGGCGAGAAAGACAAAAGCACUCCAGUCAAAAGUACGAAGAGGACGAUGAUGAGAGCGAAGAAGAAGAGGAGGAGGAGGAGGAUGAAGACGAAUAUGAAAGCGAAGGAAUUGAUGAUGGACCAGAUCAAUCAAAUAUUCGAGAUCAAAUUUGGCAAAUAUUUGGUCGAAAGAGAAGUGCAUAUAUGAACAAGGAUCUCGAUGAAAGCGAUGAUGACAUGGAAGCGGAUAUGCAAAGCGUUGCAAGGGAAGAAGCAAGAAGUGCAAGACUUGCAAGAUUAGAAGAUGAACGGGAAGAAAAGGAACAACGGAAGAGGGAACAAGAGAAAGCAGCAAAGAAAGCAGCACGCUCGCGAAGGAUAGAAUAA